AUUCCGCGAAAUUGUUUCUUGGAGUUGAGAGAUGUGCUGCUCUCAGUAAAAUAGGACAAGUUGACGCAUGUGUGGCAGCGCGCAGAAGGGCGGAAUAAGCGCAGACACAAUAGCUCAGUCAGUAAAAGCCGUGUUUUAUUGAUCCGGCAGUUAGAAGAAGGGAUCCGGGGGGGAGAAAGCGAGAGAGGAAGAGCCGGGGACGAUUUGAACUGCUUUUCUUUCCUGUGGGGGUGUUUAUUUAUCCUCCCUGCAACCUCACCAGGAAAACGCAGCCUUUGCGGAAUAGUCACAUUGAAGACGACACGUGUGGAUGGUUAACCACACGUUUCCUGGGAGGAGUGCGGUCUGAUUACUUUAUUGUAUGUAAUUUGACGGAUUAUUUUUGAACACGCAGCUACUUCAGAUACGCUGCUUCUUUUUCUCCACCCGGAUUUGCUGUAGUGAUGUCGGAGGUUGAUGUCCCUGCAGACCGUGUCCCCGGCCGACCACCGGGUCGGGCAGAGGACACGCUGAAAGAGAACCAGGAGAACAGGACUUUGCUGAUGGUGGCUAUGAUUUUACUGGAGUUGAACAAAUGCAACCCCAACGCUGGAGGCAGCAGAUGUCUCACGGGCAGCGACGCCGGCGCACAGGAGAAGGUGGAGCGGGGGGGUUGCAGAUUGACCGCCGGGGACAGCCGGGGCACGAUGGUAUCCAAACAGUCCCGGAACAAGAGGGCGGCGGCCGCGACCAGACAGGAGUCUCCCGAGAAGAGACACUGCUGUCCUUUCACGGGCUGUGGAAAGAUGUAUGGCAAGUCGUCCCACCUGAAAGCCCACCUAAGGGUCCACACCGGUGAGCGCCCCUUCGAGUGUACCUGGCCAAACUGUGGCAAGAAGUUCUCCCGGUCAGACGAGCUGACGCGUCACUACCGCACACACACAGGCGAGAAGCGCUUCAACUGUCCGCUGUGCGACAAGUGCUUCAUGAGGAGCGACCACCUGACUAAACACGCCCGGCGACACGCAGGCUUCCAUCCCAGCAUGCUCCAGGGCUCCAGUGCAGCCAAGAGACGCCGCUGCUCCCUGUCCAUGUCCUCCUCUGACUCAGGAGACCAAAGCCCCGCUGGGGUGUGAGACACGCCCGCAUACUGUACAUAUACACGUAGAGGUACAGGUAGCAGACACAGAGGCAAACACACAUAUGGACACACCCACAUGUGUGGUGUGUACUUUUACGGAAAAUCCCGUCAGGUCAGACAACUGAACCAGCCAGGCCACUAUUAAAAAAGUUUUUCUGCGCAUGUAACAUUGUGCAACAGCAAACAGCAACAUAUCUUUGAACCUGACUGUCGUCAAACCAGAGCUUCCCCCUCUUUGCUCCCUGAGGUGAUUGGUAUUUAUUAAUUGUCAUUCAGGGUCUGUCAGACAGCUUUUAGUUUCUUUGCCUUUUGUAAUUAUUUUACUUUGAGUUGCGCGAGUGGUUCCUUUUUUUGUUGUUGUUCUGGAACAAAACCUUAGAGGCAUUCAUGUACAUAUGUAGUAUUCAUCAACACUACACGUGUUCACAGAUUGCAGUUGCAGGUGAACACAACAGCAAGAAAACAGAUUAUGAAUGAGAUACACCGAGUGAGUAAAGGAGUUUUGGGACUAGUCCUUUAAAUAUCAUUAUUAUUAUUAUUAUUAUUCUUGCACACAUACACUCAUACUUGUGCAGUUACUCUCCAGUCCAGGACACAGUGAAUGUACAGUAUAGCAGUAUUAUCAUGUAAAUAUAUUAAAAAGACUUCUUUUCAGAUGGAUGAUAUGCUCAGUAUACCGUAGUUAUGUGUUAUUAGAGAGUAAUAAGACACGUCUAUAAUACAGAGAAUUGCAGAGCUUGGGUGUUUAAUUUUAUAUAUUUGGCUUUGGACUUAGUAAAUCAGGCAUACUGUGAGCUUGUAGGUUUAGGCAGCAUGUUUUCUGUAUGGAAACAUCAGUGUUGUCACAUCAUGAUAAACCUGCAAACAACUGCGCCAACAUACCUUCAGUGUAUGUUGGCAAGACCACGAUAACAUAAGACAACCUCAUGGGACAAUAAACGUCAGCCUUUGUGUUGUUUUUUCAGGCUUGAAUUGCGUCCACACAACAGGGUACAGCCUUUAAAACGUAAAGCUUGAGUCGGUGAGGAUUCACGUUCGGUUAAAGCGUGUGUAAACUGUAACCAAGGAGGUCUGUGCCUUUCAAGGGUUUUGUAGUCGAGAGGAAUUUCUACAUUUUCAGACUCUGGAGAUACUACCUGAACGAACACCAUCAGAUUCUUUUUGUUGAUAUUCAGUAGUUUGUUGAGUGUCAAUGACUGUCUCUUAAGCCAACAGUGCCAGUUGCUGUACAUUGAAACUUUUGUUUACUCUGUACCUGGACUGCAUUUUUAUCAGGGAAUAAUGUGACGCAUGGUCAUUUCAGUCGUUACUGCACCCCCUGGUGGUGAUGCGGAAGCACAACAUUUCUCGUAACACAAAAGUCAUAGAACUUUAAAUUUUCUGUCCGAGUAUUUUGAGGCACACUCUGUUAAUUAGUUAAACCAUGUAGCAUGUUUGUAUGUAUUUGUUUGGUACAGUGUAUUUUUUAAUUGUCAGGUAAUCUUUUAUAAUAUUACUAAUGGGAUGAGAGAGGUCUUAUUCGUCCACUAUACGAGCCAGAAACAUUGUUGAUGUCAUAAUUUUUUUUUUUUUUUACUUGCCACAUGAUGCAUUAAAAUACCCAGAUAAAGUUAGGUGUAGUUAACCUCGUAGGACACAAGCUACAUACACGUAUAAAGCAUUGGCAUUAUGACAACUGUGAUUAGAUGUUGGUGCCUUUCAGGUGAAUGCCCUUACUUCUGAUGCUACUGUACUGUAAUCAGGGACUGUCAAGACAGACCCCAAGUUAUCGCAAUAUACAUAGCUGUGUAAUAAUUACUGCUCAAAAGUUUUAACAUUAAAAUUAUUUUUCUUUCUAAA